ACACACACCUCUCUCACACACACACACUCCUCUCUCUCUCACACACACACCUCUCUCUCUCUCUCUCUCUCUCACACACACACACACACACCUCUCUCUCCCUGUGCGUUGGGAAUGGAGAGAGUGUGUGAGUGAAUCAGAGUGCUCCAGGCGGAUGAGCAGCUCGGAGGCGGUUUAAAGCUCUCUGAGAUCCGGAGGAGAUUCACACCGAGGCCUCGGCUCCCCUCCCCGCUCUUCCUCUCUCAACUCACACACCCGCCUCACAGCCUCCUGCAGCCGCCGCUGGGUUUCUCCACACCGAGGGAUCGGCUGAUUAGAGAACCGCCUCAAACAGCAGGUGGAUGGAGGGGUGUUCCUAAUAAAGUGGCCGCUUCUUGCUGCCUGUGGAGUUAAAAACAUCUCGCGGAAAGCGUGGUGGAGAAUCAUUCCAGGAUUCCAGCUCUCGUUUUCCCGGUGACUGCCGACCUCACGCUGACCUCACACUGCCCCUUCCCUGCGCCGCUGGCCCUUCAACAGGGCCAGAACCAUGUGAAGCUUUUUCUUAUGCAGCUCCUGAGUGGACUGUAAGACUAUUGCAGUAACACCUCCAACCUCUGGGGGCAUCUUGAACGUCGUCCUGUUCCCGAACCCACACGAGAGCUCACGGCCCCGUUCCCGAAACCCUCGCCUCAAGAGGACGCCAUUAGGGUUCGCCAUGAUGUUCCGGGACCAGGUGGGGAUCUUGACGGACUGGUUUAAGGGCUGGAAUGAAUGUGAGCAGACGGUGGCGCUGUUGUCGCUGCUCAAGAGGGUGUCGAGGACCCAAGCACGAUUCCUCCACAUAUGCCUGGAGCACUGGCUGGCUGACUGCACCGAGAUACAUUUACUGGAGGCUGAGGCCAACAACGCAGCAAUUGUGAGCCAGUGGCAGCAGGAGCCCAAAGAGAAGGCCGUGUCCCUGCUGCUGUCCCACCUCCCCCUGCUGCAGCCACGUAACAGCGAGGCCAAAUGUGAGUACAUGAAGCUGCUCCAGCAGGUGCUGAGCCACACCAUCGAGAGCAGCCUGUUUGUGGAGGAGAGCCGGCAGCUGCUCUCCUACGCCCUCAUCCACCCAGCCACCACGCUCGACGAUCGCACCAAUCUCGCUCUGUGGCUCAACCACCUGGAAGAGCACCUGUCGGCUCGACCACCACCUGGACCCUACCACCACCACCACGCCCGACAGGGCUCGGACGAAUGGGCAGGUCCGACUGAGUCCCUAGAGGUGGCACAUGCCUGGCAUGAUAAACCGCCGUCCACAUGUAGCUCGCCUGCCGGCCAGAACGGGCACAUGGCCUUUCCCAGUGCGGGUGGAGUGCCUUCCCCGAGCAACAGUACAGGCCUUUCUGGUCAGAUACAGCCGAGCUCGGUCACGCGCACCAUGUCUCUUGUUCCGACAAACCAGCCGGGCUGCAGCUCUGAUUGGCUGGGCCAGGAAGAAGUGGGUGGGCGCCAGGGUGCAGCAGGGGCGGAGCACGCACCCCUGUCUCCGCAGGGCAGUGUAGCGUCAUCAGGCAGCGAGCAAACGGAGGAUCAAACCAACACACGGAACACGUUCCAGGAGGACGGCAGCGGCAUGAAGGACGUGCCAACGUGGCUCAAGAGUCUCCGUCUGCACAAGUACGCAUCCCUUUUCUCCCAGAUGAGUUAUGAGGAGAUGAUGGUCCUAACCGAACAGCAUUUGGAGUCACAGAACGUGACCAAAGGCGCUCGACACAAGAUAGCGUUGAGUAUCCAGAAACUGAGAGAGCGACAGAGCGUCCUCAAGUCUCUGGAAAAGGAUAUCCUCGAAGGCGGGAACGUCCGGAACGCCCUGCAGGAACUUCAGCAGAUCAUCAUCACACCUAUCAAAGCCUACACCCUGCCCACUGCUGCCCAGAGAGAGGUGGAGCCUGGAGCCACACCCACCGACAAGGCAACCAACCCUGUGGAAGAGAAAGACGCGGCUGUAGAGGGCUUUCAGAGCCACAAUCCUCCACCCUGUGACGGGGAGUCUUCGUCCACGCCCAUCUCAGAAGGAGACAUUCCUGGGCAGUUUACGCGGGUGAUGGGGAAAGUGUGCACGCAGCUGCUGGUGUCGCGGCCAGAUGAGGAGAACAUCAGCUGCUACCUUCAGCUCAUCGAGAAGUGUUCAACGCAUGAGGCGUUCACAGAGACGCAGAAGAAGCGCCUGGCGUCUUGGAAGCAGCAGGUGUUGAAGCUGCUCCGCCUUUUCCCACGGAAAGCCAUGCUGGACAUGCCCGUGUACCGACAGAAAGGGUGGGCGUAUGGUUCGAACUCUUUGCCCACAGCAGGCUCUGUGGGUGGAAGUGCGUCUCGCCGAGGACAGAGACAGUUCCCCCUGCCCCCUCGUGGAGCUCCGCUUCCCAACCGCAUGGGCAUCGUUACACACUCUCCACGACACACACUCGCCAACCAGCCGGCCCUCAGCGCACAGGGCAGACAGAACCUGUGGUUUGGGAAUCCUGGAGGGAGUAACAGCAUGCCAAGUCAGAGCCGUAGCUCCGUACAGAGAACACACUCGCUCCCUGUACACACAUCUCCACAAACCAUGCUCCUGUUUCAGCAACGAGAAUGCCCAGUUCCAGGGACUGACCUGGAGAUCAACCCCACACUGGAGUCACUGUGCCUCAGUAUGACUGAACACGCCUUAGGAGAUGGAGUGGACAGAACGUCAACAAUAUGAAAAUAAAAGCAACGGGGGGGGAAAGGAAAUUUUGCGAUCUCACCCUUCACGCAUGUGCGGCCUGGAACACGCAAUCCACGCUAAAAAAAAAACAACCACCAAACAAUUCACUACAAAAGAAAUGGCGAUAAAACAAACCGUGUACAUGUGCUCUUGAUAUUUUUCUACUUUAUUAUACUAAGUUUAUUAUAAAUGGAAUACAGAUUACUAUUAUUACGAGAGGAGGUGGUGUGUGCACGGCCCGCUCAGCGUCCUCCGUUCAUCCUAGAGGAAGGGAAGAGAAGAGACCCGCCACUGUCCGAGUCUCGGGCGCGCUCCUCCAACCUGGAUGAACUUUGUGCGUAAAUCAGGUGCGAGGGCGCGGUGGAGUGAGCUCGGCUCUGCGGGUUUGAGAACAGAGCGAAUGAUUUGGUGCUGAUUUUAAGGGCUCUUGGCCUGUUCUGUUGUCGUUCAUCCAGAAGUUGUAAACACAUCUGCGCGGUUCUUGAACCAAGUGCAUGUUUAAGCUGCAUUCACAAGGACAGCACCAAAAAUUACACCGCGCUGUUCGUUGAAAAAAAAAAAAAAGUGCACAUAUGGCUCGUGCACAUCAGCCAUUAGGAGGAGGCUUCGUUCAUGAGGGAGAUGAAGGAAGUCCAAGCAGUCCUUGUGAAUGCGGCCUUUAUUUUCACAAGAAACGCACAUCGACAUUUCCUUCCUUUUAACCAGUCACUGCCUGGUGAUGUCGUCGUCAUCGUGCGCCUCUGACUCCUGCUGAGGAACUGGUUUGAGUUCCAGGCUUUACAUCUGAGCGUUCAUCGUUCGCUGCUUUCAGUGUUUAACCACACGAAACAAACGGAUUCUACAGAACAGCUAUGAAUACAAAGUACUAACCGAAUACUAAACCUGGUUGCUUGGAUGAGUUUCAUGUAAAUAUGGUCAAUGUUUCAGUAUUUAUUAAUAUUCUGCUUUAUUUAUGACGUGAGAACAACAGCAGCCUGCUGACUGAUGGAGGAUUUCCCUGGCAGGAGUCACUGGCGCACACUGAUGACAUCAGAAACUGGUUCAAAGAAGUGGGAAUGGAAGUUGUGUUACUUACACACACACACACACACACACACACUGUGUACUGACACGCUGCAUGAAAAGCUUCUGGGCACUUUGUGGAUUCCGUUGGCAGAAUUUUUUUUUUAAAUUAAGAGCAACACAAACUCUGCAUCUUUUUUUUUUUUUUUUUUUGUACCAGUAAUUACUGUUGUGUGAUGACGAAUCUCUUGGGGAGGGAGAACAAUUUCAGCAACGCGGUUUCGUUCCCGAAGCACGACGAGUCACAAACUUUUGACAUUCCGUAUCUGGACGUCUGAAAGUUCCAGGAAGCGAGUGUGCACGUGAUGGUCAGCGUGUAGAACAUUUAUGAGAACUCUCGAGUACAAUAAGUGAACAGAAGGCUAGCUCAGUGACGUAGCUCAGCACACAGGCUUAUGGGCAGGGCUUACGGGUGUCAACUUGAGCUCCGCCCUUCUUUGCCCGUCUCUGCGCGAACUCGCACUGCCAUCAGGGGAACCGUUUUAAUCCGACAAAUCCACGUGCUCUGAAAAUGUCGUCAGCUUGUUUACUACAGAGUGCACCGUUUAUCUAGGGGUUUACAGUCCUGACUUAAUGCGCAGUGGAGGAUUUUCACUCGAGGUAUCUGUCUUAAUCUGAAUUACACACUUCAAAUAAAAGGAAGGAACGAGGAGUCGUGGAGCUUUUUUAAAACGAUUGCAGACACAGUUCAGUUUUGGACUAACCCGUCCCCUUUAUACAAGACACCGUGUUUUUUUUUUUUAUAUAUAUAUAUAUAUAUAUAUAUAUAUAUAUAUAUAUAUAUAUA